AUGUUGCUUUCCACUUCUUCACGGGUUCGCUCUCGACGACGGCUUGCUUGGUUAGCGGUCAUCGCGACAGGCGUCGUGCUUGCGCUAUGGCUGGUUCAACACGAUGGGAGUCGUGAGCAUGUUCUCGACCAUAAUGUCGUGAGGAGAUAUGCAGCAUCCGGUUCAGACGACUUCGCUGCUCGAAAGGCUCUCUGCGACGCUCACGAUUUCCUGCUUUCACCAUCGCCCGAGAAGAAGCUCUACGACCUCAUCCUACUCUCGACUGAGCUCGACUGGCUCGAGAUUCGGCUGAACACUCUGGGUCCGUAUGUCUCGUACUUUGUCAUUCUGGAGUCGCCGACGACUUUCACGGGGCAGCCUAAGCCGACUUUGCUGGACGAUCCUGUUCACUGGAAUCGCUUCAGGAAUUUUCAUCAACAGAUCAUUCAUCGGAUUGUUGAAGAUCCGGUGAACAGUACCCGAGCAUGGGACCAUGAGGAUUUCUUCCGCAACGCGCUUUUGACGUCCACAUUUCCGACGCUGGAAGGCACGAAAGCCGAGCCGAAAAAGGGAGACGUUCUACUCGUCAGCGAUGUCGACGAGCUCAUUCGUCCAGAAACAGCAGUGUUGCUCAAUACAUGUGAGAUCCCCCGACGACUGACGCUGAUGAGCCAAUUCUUCUACUACUCCUUCCAAUGGAGACACAUCGGUCCGCCAUGGCCGCAUCCUCAGGCUACGACGUACAUGGGCUCGAUGGAGGAAACAUUACGACCAAAUGAUCUCAGGAUGGAUAUCCUCCCUCCUUCAUCCAUUUUCUCACUCCCAUUCUCCUCCCUCCGACGCUGGUACGACCGCGCCACCCUCCAAGAUGCAGGCUGGCACUGCUCCUCGUGCUUCGCCACGGUCGCAGAAUUCCAGACCAAGAUGUCCAGCUUCUCGCAUAAGAGUCUCAACACCGAGGAGAAUCGGGAUGCGGGCACGAUUGUCGAGAGGGUGAGGAAGGGAGAGGAUUUGUUUGGGCGGGAGGGGGAGACGUAUGAAUUCUUGGAGAGGGAGAGGAUGGAUUUGCCGGGGUUUGUGGAGGACGAGUGGAGGGAUAAGGGGAGGUUUGGAUGGUUGGUUGAGAGGACGGGGCGGGAUGGGGGAUUUGUCGAUUGA